GUUUUAGUGAAAAGAAGCUAUAUCUGGCAUUUUGGAUAUAUUUUUGAACAUGCAUUUUAUUUGAAACCAACAACAGCAGAUAAAAGAAAUUGAUAACACCAUCUUAGGUGUCGAAAAGGAGUUUAAAAAAUACUUAAAGGUGUGUUGAGUUAGAAAAACUGAAGAUAAAACAAUGGCAUCCACACUGGAUUUUGCUGGUACAGCCAGUAGAGCCUCCCAGUUUCAGACUCAGAUAAGCAAAGAAGAUCUACUGAAAACAUUGGGAAAUCAACUUAAUAUGGACUUUUCUCAAUAUGAAAGAUGGACUCGGAAAACCAAAGUCACUAGGCCUCCACCUCCUCCUAAAGAUGGUGGAAGUAGAAUGUUGAUGGUAGGAAGGGUCAAAUCAGCUGAUUCCUGUCUUCAUGGUAAAAGUCAGAGUCACACAACAUACAGGGAGAAAAAAGAGGCUGCAAAAAUGUUAGAAGUUAACAAAGAAAGAAAUGAAAGGAUAAAAAUACUGGAGUUGAGAAUCAGGACCAGGAAGAAAACCUUGGAGGAAUAUCAGAAAAGAAGUCGGGAACUUUUAGAACAAAAUAUGAAACUGAAAGAGAACAUUGAAAGUGAUGAAUAUGGAACAUUGAAUGCUGUGAAAGGCUUACUUAGAAGAUAUGAAAAAUACAGGGGUGGUAUAACAACUUUAAAUUCCAAUUUUGUGAAAGAAUAUGAAGCAGCUGUGAGAGAUUUAGAAGAAACAAAAAGGAAAACCAACUCACAGCUACAAGCACUGGGAGAGAAAGUUUCAGACGUAGAUGUGUUUCUUAGCAAAAAACAAGAAGAACUCCACACACUCAUGAGUUAUAAAGACAAGGAAUAUCCUGUGAAAGCUAUGAGGAUUGCCACACUGCAGAAAGAAAUUCAAAACCUUAAAAUAGCCAACCAGGAAGACCAAGAGGACCUAGAACACAUAGUAUUCACAGAGUUAGAAAAAUACGAGAAGGAACAAACAAAAACGGCCAGUCUCCUCACCAAAACCAUCACCGAGAGGGCUAUUGCAAGGAUGCAUCCAAGUCUGAAAGAUAUGGCACUUCAGAAUAUGGUGAUGGCAAAGGAAAUAGAGGUACAUAAGAAAGAGCAAGAGGAACUGAUCAAAGUUAAUGAAGCUCUUGAAGCAGAAGUGAAAAAGUUACUACGGGAUCCCAAAACUAACACAAGGCUUCAGAUGUUUCCAGAAUUUUUCCCUGACAGACAAAAAUGCACUCCUGAUAUGGAAGUUGUAUUGGACAUUCCUACACAAGAAUGGCUACCUUUAUAAACUCUAAGUCGGAUGGGUGCUUCUGAUGUAUUUAUUGAAUUUUGGAUAUAUGUUAAACCAUAAUUUGCCUUAUAUUAUUUGUUCUGUUUAUAUACAUAGAUUUUGUUAUCAUGUGAUGAAAAUAAAUUUCAUUCAAA